GCGGCGCGCGCCUCGCACGGCCAGCUCACGCGCUCGCGCACACCGCUCACAGUGAAAGUCGCGCGCGCAGGUUUCGCUACGAUUUCGUGCGCCGACAUCUUCGUCUAGUUAUUCUGUUUGUUCGUUGCGCCAGUGCAGCAGGGAAAGGAGGUCGGUGCUUGGCCAUAGCCCGCAUUCAGCAGUGAACGAAACUUCAGAACAAUAUAAGUACUCGGACAGUAUUUUUAGUGUUCUCGAAGCUUUCAACAUGACUGUCGAAAAUGUUGGAGCCGUGAAAUGUGAUUCAGGUUCCGCAGUGUGAAGUGUUAACUGUUAAGUGCGAGUGAAAUCGAACAAUGAGUGGAAGCGAGCCAACGUUGACGGAGUCGCCGGUGCCGCUGGCGCUGGCGCGGCUCCAGGGGCGCCCGGGCCGCGUGCCGCGCGGGCUGCGCAUGCACCGGCCCAGCCUGCCGCUCGCCAGCCUGCAGGAGGCCGUCGACGAGACCCCGCGCCGCUACAGCGAGGAGCCCGCCUUCCCCGAUACCGAUGACGACGAGGCCUUCACUGACCUCGUCGAAGUCGAUGAACUACCGCGAUCCACUUCGAAUGGCCGCAGAGCCUCUGACGCUACUUUUGCUGAACGAUAUAGAAAACUGACCGAUUUUGAUGAGCCCCCGCCGGAGAUGCCCCGUCGGGCCUCCUUGGCCGUGCCAGGAGGAGCCGAGGGCUACGGGCCGAGCGACAAGGGGCGGAGGCGCUCGUGGGCAGCCCGCCUGCAACUCGAGCGCAAGAAGAGGCGAAAAUCUGGAGGGAACGACACCGACGAGGAAAGCGACACACCGACGACAUACGUCCGCCAAAAGCGUCCCUCCUGGUGGAACGUGUUCGUCCCUGACAAUAUGCUUAAAAACAGGUCUAGGCGCGCGUCGCAGCAGCUGUCGAGGAGCGCCGAGAGCAUCGACCAGUCUUACAAGAGGUCUAAAAGCCGCUCCGUGGACCAUGGGUUCGCGGCGCCCUUCGACUUGGAGGCGCUGCGUUCCAAGGUCGAGGGGAGGUUCGACGCGGUACACAGAGAUGAGGACGAACAAAUUAAAAGACUACCCCCUCCACCCCCUAUCAAGACUAUGACUUAUACGGUCCGUGACCGUGACACGCUGACCUCGCUGGCUGCGCGCUUUGACACCACCCCCUCUGAGCUAACCAAGCUGAACAGGCUGGCUACGCAGUUCAUCUUCCCGGGGCAGACGCUGCUGGUGCCUGACAAGAGGAAAGAUGGAGAUAAAGACUCGGAUGGGCCGUCUGAGAGCGGCGACAACACAUCUGAAUCAACACAGGCUACGAGCGAGCCGGCACAGGAAAAAGAGAUCCUGGACAGCCUUCGGCCGGUGUCACCCGAAGCCCCGACUAGUAGCAGCGCCCCCCAGCGGUUCCUUAAGAUCAACGUGCGACACAUCACUGAUGGACAGGGCGUGGUAUCCGGAGUGCUGCUCGUAACACCUAACGCAGUCAUGUUCGAUCCCAACGUAUCUGAUACGCUGGUGAUGGAACAUGGACCGGAGUCGUAUGGCGUCAUCGCGCCCAUGGAGUACGUCGUCAACGCCGCCAUCUUCUACGACAUCGCGCAUAUGCGCACGCAUGGGCCCGACCACCACAACGCGCACAAAGCCGAGUCAGCUGAAAUCUACUACAUGAAUAAGUCGGAACAUUCACCCGGAAAAGAUUCCCUUCUAGUCAAAGACGAGACGUUCCCUGAGCUGCAGGCGGCGGGAGCGGAGGCCGAGGAGGGAGCGGAGCGCCCGGCCUCGGCCGAUGCCGACGACCGCGGCGGCGCCGCCUUCCCCAAGGCCUUCGAUAGAGAACUCGUCACGCCCACCGCGCUCCAGCAGCAAACCGCAGAAGAUAGGCGGAAAUCAUUGCUUGACCAUCAUUGGGCAAUACCUAGCAAGGAUAGAAUGUCAAUUGAUCAGGGAAGUGAGGUGUCAUCAGGCACCGAGCAUACCAAAGAUGAGAGCCUCGAGGCGAGCGUAUCGCGCUCUCGUGGCAACAGUACUACGGGUGACGCCGCCGAAGUGGCAGAGGCGCCCGACGCUCCCGAUGAACCGCGUGACGACGCGCAGCACCUUGUCAAGCUGUCUUACCAUGAUUCCGGAAUUGACAUACGCGACCCGCUGCUGCAUGUCACGCCCACUAACGCCAAAAAGGACCAUUAUCUCCACUACCUUCACUUCGAUCAUGACGAUGAAUAUUACCACGACAUCCUCGUUGACACGAUAUACGAGGCGGCGGAAACUGACGUAUCUAUGUACGAUAACUGGCACUGUGACGCCGCGUACGAGGCAAAAUUCCUCAAGUGUUACGAUAUGGAGGUGUCUUCUGACUCCUCGCACGAUAAGGAGGUAUACAGCGACGCAGAUAUAGUGCUAUCGGCGGAUUGGGUGCCCCCAGUGUGCCUGGCUCGCGCUGAGCCCCCGCUCUCCGCACCCCCUCUGGGCGAGAACGAGAGGCGAGAACCGCGUAAGCCUGCGGCCGUCUCUUUCUCGCUUGAUGGGAACACGCAAAAGGAUGAUAGCGGGAAACCUGACAAGAAAAAUAAGAUGUUGAAGAGGCUGUCCUACCCUCUAUCGUGGGUGGAAGGCCUGACAGGCGAGGGUGCUGCGGCGGGCUCGCAGGCCGACUCGCUGCCCACCUCGGCCGAUAGCCACAAUUCCACCAGCGUCUUCUCCAAAGUAUUCAACAGACGCAGCUCCUUGGGCGGAUUCGGGCGCUCGCACACAAAAUCCACUUCGAGCAGCUCCAGCCAGCAGCCGCGGCUCGACUAUCGCAGCAUGGUGUCGGUGGACGACAUGCCUGAUCUCUUCGCUUCCUUUGACAAGUUAAUACCGCGGCCCGCGCGCCCCAGCGACGACCCGCCGCUAUAUCUGCGCCUACGCAUGGGCAAGCCUGCCGGGCGGCCGCUGCCGCGCACCACGCCGCUCAUGUCCUACGGCCGCAAGCGCAUGAAGCCCGAGUACUGGUUCGGCAUCCCCAGGAACAGGGUGGAUGAUUUAUUCAAGUUCCUGACGCACUGGGUGCCGGAUCGGUAUGGGCCCCUGGGCGAUGUGACCGCGCAGGGAUAUGAACUGAUCGACAGUGACACUGAAUGGGACGACGACGAAGCCAAACCGGGACAAAAGGGUGAACGAACGGGCAGCACCGGGGAUGUAUCUGACAUCACAAGAGAAUCGUGGGAGGUGCUGUCGAUGAGCGAUGAGCUGCGGCGCGCUCUGUACUCGUCGGGCGCCUCCAUCGACAUGGAGUUCUCGCCGCCCGACCUCAUUGGCACGUCGGAGAUAUUCACAAUGGAAAUCAGAGAGAAACUCUGCACGGUGCUGCCUGCGCGCGCGCAGGGCUACAUGUGGUCGCUGACGUUCAGCACGAGCCAGCACGGCUUCUCGCUCGCGUCGAUGUACCGCAAGAUGCAGCGCGUUGACAGCCCUGUGCUGCUUGUCAUACAGGAUACUGACAACAAUGUGUUCGGCGCGCUCACCUCAUGCGCUCUGCAUCCCUCCGAGCACUUCUACGGCACGGGCGAGUCUCUGCUAUUCUCGUUCCAACGCGUGGAAGAGGCGCGCCGGCCGCCGCCCGCCGACGCCGACACCGCCGACAAACCCAAGGAGAAAGAGGAGGUCAUCAGCGACGGGAAAGAGGAGAAGGGAGACCAACCACCACCAGUUAAAACCAAGUUCAAGUAUUGGGGAUGGACCGGUGACAACAUGUAUUUCAUUCGAGGGAGCAACGACAACAUAUCUAUCGGCGCUGGCGACGGUAAAUUCGGGCUAUGGCUGGACGGCGACCUUUACUUAGGCCGCACGCAGCGCUGCACCACGUACGGCAACGAGCCGCUGACCACGCGCGAGGACUUCAUCGUCAAGAUCAUGGAGUGCUGGACCUUCAUCUGAGCACGCCCCGCCCCCGCCCCGCGCCCCUCUCUACUUUCAAAUCGAUAAGCUUUAGACUAUCUUAUGAAAAUUUGCUACGAACGUUUGACACUUUUACAAAUCAGUCCUUUCGACUUUAGGUACAGAUGAGUCUGAAAAUGAUUUUGUACUCCGCGACUCGAAGGCGACGGCGCGCGUCGUCGCUCGGCCGAAUCGACUCCGCGCAUUUCUAGUCAAACGUGCCGAACCCGAGCGAUCUCCGGUCGAUCAUCCGGCGUUCGGAUGGAGUGCGCCGGCGAGCGCGGCGCCGCGGCCUCGAGCGAGUGCACGAAUCCUAGUCAAUUGUCAUUCGUAUGUAAGUGAAGUUAGCGGGGCCCGCCCCGAGAGCACGGAACGGAAGCAUCGCCCGACGCGCCGCUCGACUACUCGAAACAGGCCGAUAUUACGUGUCAAUUCAUACAAUUAACUGUGCAUUGUUAUUAAGGAUUAAAAACAUAUUUGUAACGAUAAAAUCAUUGUAUAAUGUUAUGUAGAACUUUAUAUGUAACGAAGAAUCGUUGUGUUUAGGCGCCGCUUGUGUGUUGUCCAGUGUUGAACAUUGAACAUAUGCGGGCAGUCUGUAGUCUCGUGGAUGCUCACAAAUUUGCUGGCAAUGAUGCUGAAUCUAUUCUUGCCGAAUUGGUGGGUGGUCUCGAUCGAAAUGUCGUAUUACCAAAAAUAUGUUUGUGCGUUUAGUGCUGGAAACACAGUUGGCAGUAUAAAUAAUAAAUACUUUUUGUGUAGUAGUGGAUUUUGUAUGUUUUGUUGUUGGGUAUGUGUUGAGUCAUAAUAUUUAAGUUAGUGAGCAUAAUUAUGUUACUCUUUCACUGUGAUUUGAUUAUUAUGGUUGCAUUUUGUUAUAAUAAUGAAGCAUUAUCACUUUAUUUGUAGCAAUUUGGUCAACUUAGUUUAAAGCUUUAUUUUAUAAUUUGCGUCUGCCAUUUAUCAAUGGUGGAUAUGGUUUAUUUAAAAACACUGAAGUAAAUGUAUUAAUGAACUGUUAAUUCACUAAUGAUAUAUGAAAUUAUUUAUUUUUGUGAUAAUAUGCUUCAGUACAGAGAUGAGUAGCCGAUGUGUAAUAUUAAUUAAAUAGUGAAGAUAUUUUAAAUAGUUAUCCUAGAAAGCUUGAUGAAUGUAAUCGUCAUUGUGCUUAGUAAUUGUGUCACUUAGCAUGAUGUUACUCAGAAGUAUCUGGUCGUACAGCGUUAGUUCGUUUGUCCGCGCCCGCACUUGCAGCUCGGCUACCUAUAUCGACCUAAUUUGUUUCCGUGUACAUAAUAUACAACUUACUCCUAUUCGAGAUUAGUAAAGAGAUAUAUUUUUGUGAAGACCACGCGAUGACAGCGUUGUGUAAAGAAAGUACAAUGGACUAGCUGGAAAGUAAAUAUUCAAAGUAAAAAAGUUAUCUGCAAUUAUGCGCGUGCGUCUAUACAUAAGAAAUAUUUUGACGUUGUUAUUGUUUGUGUCAUCUGGAAUGUCGUAGAAAAGAAACUUAGGUUUUAAAAUUAUAUCGGCAUAAUUAUUGUUACAAAUUUAUAAUAACUAGACUUGUUGAGUAGCAAUGAGAAAUUUAAUAUUUAUUUAUUCUGUUAUCAUAUAAUUUCUGUCGUAUGAUCGCUGUAGCUGCAUUACUUUAUUGGUGAUUUAUUAUGUAAUU